AUGAUAGGGGGAACUAAGCUCAGGGAAGUAAAGUCACCUGCCCAACAUCAUUGUACUGCUCCUGGCAGAGCCCCAAACACCUGGUCUCAAGCACAUCCUGAACUGGCCACCAGCCCUUGGCUCAGCCCUCCGGGGACAACAGAAGUGACCAAGGUGUGUCCACGCCUCAGGGACCUCUCGGCCUCCUCUCUGGUCCUCACACCUGCCAGGCUCAGCGGGAGGCAGCGGGUCUGGACCCAUUCAGUGCCAGGGCAGCAAAUUCAGCUCCUCCUUCCAACCAGCCUGCUGCUGACCAGAGCGGCAGCACCUGUGGUCUCCGACAAUCCUGACCCCGCAGAAGGCAGUCCCACCCCUGCCUGGUGCUGCCCUGCCCCUAGGGAGCUGCUCAAGUCGGGAGGAGGCAGCCAGACCCUUUCCACAGAGAUCACAGCACAGGGACCCAAAAUAUGUCCAAAGGGAUAUUACACACAAAAAAAGAUGCUAUCCAGUAGAGGAAAACAUAGAUUCCGUGAAAGAAGCCAGUUGCAAAGGACAAAUCCUGCAGGAAUCCACUCAUAUGAGAUGAACACAAAUUCUGGAGAUCGGUGGUGGCUGCCCCUGGACAUGACGGUGUUAAUGCUGCUGAAGGGACACUUAAAAAUGGUGAGGACGGUAAUUUUCCAGUUACGUGCAUCUGACCGCAAUUUAAUGAAGUUAGGAAACGAGAAGCAUUCUCUUCGAAAAAAAAUUCUAUCAGUGACAGACACGCCACAGGGCACCGUCCUCCCUGUAGAGAAGGAGAGCCCAGGCUGGAGCCAGGAGUGGGAGGAAAGGUCUCCCCUCGUCAUCAGUUGCGCACAGCCCCCACCCACUCGGGAGCGGGGCACUGCCCUCUAG